UACGUUCGCUGACUUUUCCUCGCGCUCUCUGUCUGCGAAGGCCUGUCAAGUAGUUCGGAUUGAGUAACCUCCUAAUAAUCCGUUUGUGAAUCAUUUCCAAAGGCAUUUUUUGGAUUUACACAGACCGAUCACCACCUUCAUCAUGAAAAUUUGGACAAGUGAACAUACGUUCAAUCACCCUUGGGAGACGGUUGCGACGGCUGCUUGGCGAAAGUAUCCGAACCCACACAAUCCCGCCGUGGUCGGCACCGACGUUGUGGACCGGGAGGUUGUUGAUGGCGUGCUGCACACUCACAGGCUUGUUAGCUCCAAGUGGUAUUUUCCAUCAUGGGCUCAGACAAUUAUUGGCAACGCGAAAAUCUGCUACGCAAGCGAAAAAUCCCUCGUGAAUCCCAUCAGCCGUGAAAUGAUCAUGAAGACGAUUAAUCUCACCUUCUGCCGCCACAUCGCCGUUCAUGAAACACUGAAAUACGUCCCACAUCCAAGCGACUCGUCAAAAACACUGUUGAAACAAGAAGCGGUAGUCACCGUCAAAGGCGUACCACUCACAAACUACAUGGAGGACAUCCUCACCAACAAGAUCUCACUAAAUGCUGGCAAAGGCCGUCAGGCGAUGGAAUGGGUGAUAGGCAAACUGGACGCCGAAAUGAAGGAGAUCGCCAACAGCACGCUCAAGUCCACCGACGAGCUCAUCAACCAGACGCGCAAAUCCAUCGAUGAUAUCACCAGCAGCGCGAAGAAAUCCAUGGACGACAUCUCGCAGAAAGCCAUCAAGAGUUUGGACGACAUUUCGAACCUGACCAGCGCGCCGCAUUUAGAUUGAUUGACGACGACCAACCAGUCGCUAUUCUUAUUAAUUUUUAACAUGAUUACCAUCAGUAAUUCGAACAUUUUCGCUACCCAUCCGAGGUAACUCAUAAAUAUCGGCAGAUGUAUACCGAUAUCCAGAGUUUUAUUUAUUGUUAGUGAAAUUUAAUUUAUAUAAAUUGCGCAUUCAACCAAAUCACCGUAUGCAGGACAUCGUGAGAGACAAACAGAGGCAGAAGAAGCAUUGUAGGUAGAAGAUAAUUACAGAAUAAAACCAACCUAAACUUAGAUCACAGUUUCAAGCGUUGUGUGUGCUUAAUUUUAAUUACUUUGUAUCGGCUAUGCACACCAAACACACAGUCAGUAUCAUUAGAUAGAUCUUAGCCAUUUUUUCAUUCAGUUGUUGAUUUAUGUCUAGUCACGCUAGUGUGACCAAUGGAUUAAUAUUUGUUUUGCUCCCAGUAUCAAAGUUGACAGAUUGAUACGCUUUGGGAGGAUACAAAGUGUGAAAGUGCAAAGUAUCUGAAUAAUGACAGUUGUAGUAUGACGAUUGUAGUUAUUCCGGUGAACAUUCCACACGGUGUGAGUGUUUGUGUUUUUGUGAUACUCUCUUGUAAAUAAUACGAAUGUUUUGUUUAUUUUAGAGAUUAGUGCAUUGAAAACCAAUAAAAUAAAAUAAAUUUAUAGAAGCGAGCGAAAA